ACUGAGGCCACCGGUUCCCCAGCCAGAAGACCGGCCGGCCGCUCUCCAUGGUACUGCGGAGAGCUCAGCUCCGCCCUUCUCUUUCAGAAGGACAGCACCCGGCGUCACGUAACCCAGCCUUCUCGGGUUUCACCACCGCCUCUUCCUUCCCCCCUUUCCCUCUCAUCCUCCUCCUGCUCCCCCUGCUGCUCCCCUCCGUUGCAUGUUCUUCCCCUCCGCACUCUUGGAGAUAGACGCUCAAGCCUAACGCCUCGGAAAAAGGCAACAACAAUCGCCUUAUUCUUAAACCUCAGGAAAUUCGCAUUGACCGAUGCAUGCUUCAAGCUCUGGCUGGAGCUAAGGGAAUAACCAGGCAGAUUUUUUGGGUUCUUAUAAAAAGACAAAAUAAAACCAAAAUGCAUCUCCAACAUACAACCAAUUGACAUGCUGGCACCUUAGUGUGGCCUUGCAGAGGUGGAGAAAAUCGAAGAGCUGUUGGGAUUUGACUUCACCAUCUAGCAGCUUUUGGCUGUUUCACAACAGGGUUUGAGUCCUACUGGCAGGGUUGGUAAACAUAAGGCGAAAUCAUCCCGGAGACGCAUGCACAAAAAAUUUGCCCUUGGCUUCAGUGGUGCUGGAAGCCCAUGAUAUGGCAGAAGAAGAAGGCAUCUGAUUUUUUUCUGGUAUUACUAGUGUUCUAUCUCAGUUUUUGCUUGGGGCCAACAUCUGGAAGGCCAUCAAGGUUCUCCAAAAUCCAAAGAUACUGGCGCAUUGUUGGCUUCCUGCCACUUCCUGAGAAGAGUGCGUGUUGCCUCUUCACUCUGCUUCCCUUUCGUUGGCACCACACCGGUGGUACAUUGCAGGUGUUGGUCUUGAAAGAGUGACGUAUUUUUGAAGCCACAGUUUUCCUUACUUUACAUCAUUGGAUGCAAAUGGAUCUGUGAUUUUUCCUGAGCCUCGGUGACCAUCUUUUUCAGAGCGUUGCCUCCAAAGUGUCUCCUCCCUUUGGCCUGGAAGUUCUGUGGCUAGCCUGUACCACUGGGGUCUCUGAUUUCCUGUUGGAAGGGGACUACUGGGAGAGAGGAAGGGGCUGCUGGAAGAGAAGAAGAAGAAAAAAAGACCUAGAGGAGGGUGAGCCUCUCCUGUUUCCACCUUCCCCCUCCCCCCCCACUCCUCUGCAGACCCCCAUUUCUCCGUGACGGUGUCCAGGACCGUUUCGACCCUGUCGCCCCCUGCUCCCCCCCGCCGUACCCCAGCCCCGAGCAUGGGGUCGGCGCUGGUUCAGCGUGGGGGCUGCUUCCUUCUAUGCCUAUCGCUGCUGCUGCUGGGCUGCUGGGCAGAAUUGGGCAGCGGGUUGGAGUUCCCCGGUGCCGAGGGCCAGUGGACACGCUUCCCCAAGUGGAACGCCUGCUGUGAGAGCGAGAUGAGCUUCCAGCUGAAGACACGCAGCGCCCGGGGCCUCGUGCUGUACUUCGACGACGAGGGCUUCUGCGACUUCCUGGAGCUCAUCCUGACUCGGGGCGGCCGCCUGCAGCUCAGCUUCUCCAUCUUCUGCGCAGAGCCCGCCACGCUGCUGGCGGACACACCAGUCAACGACGGCGCGUGGCACAAUGUGCGUAUCCGUCGCCAGUUCCGCAACACCACGCUCUACAUCGACCAGGCCGAGGCCAAGUGGGUGGAGGUCAAGUCCAAGCGCAGGGACAUGACGGUGUUCAGCGGGCUCUUCGUGGGCGGCCUGCCCCCGGAACUGCGAGCUGCAGCGCUCAAGCUCACCCUGGCCUCGGUGAGGGAACGCGAGCCCUUCAAGGGCUGGAUCCGCGAUGUCCGGGUCAACUCAUCGCAGGCGCUGCCUGUGGACAGCGGCGAGGUCAAACUGGAUGACGAGCCGCCCAACAGCGGCGGGGGAAGCCCGUGCGAGGCGGGCGACGAGGGCGAAGGUGGCGUGUGCCUCAAUGGAGGCGUGUGCUCCGUGAUCGACGACCAGGCCGUGUGCGACUGCUCGAGGACAGGCUUCCGAGGCAAAGACUGCAGCCAAGAAGACAACAAUGUGGAAGGUCUGGCACACCUGAUGAUGGGCGACCAAGGAAAGGAAGAGUACAUCGCCACAUUCAAGGGCUCUGAAUACUUCUGCUACGACCUGUCACAGAACCCCAUCCAAAGCAGCAGCGACGAAAUAACCCUGUCCUUUAAAACUCUUCAGAGGAAUGGACUGAUGCUUCACACAGGGAAAUCAGCGGAUUAUGUCAAUCUUGCCUUGAAAAAUGGAGCUGUCUCUCUGGUCAUUAAUUUGGGAUCAGGGGCCUUUGAAGCACUAGUGGAGCCCGUGAAUGGAAAGUUUAAUGAUAAUGCCUGGCAUGAUGUGAAAGUCACCAGGAAUCUGCGUCAGCACUCAGGCAUUGGACACGCUAUGGUGACAAUAUCAGUGGAUGGGAUUCUUACCACAACGGGCUACACGCAAGAAGAUUACACCAUGCUGGGGUCUGAUGACUUUUUCUAUGUGGGAGGCAGUCCCAGCACAGCCGACCUUCCAGGGUCACCAGUCAGUAACAACUUUAUGGGCUGUCUCAAAGAGGUUGUAUAUAAAAAUAAUGAUGUAAGGCUGGAGUUAUCUCGACUUGCCAAGCAGGGAGAUCCUAAGAUGAAGAUCCAUGGAGUGGUGGCAUUUAAGUGUGAAAAUGUGGCGACAUUAGAUCCAAUAACUUUUGAAACCCCAGAGUCUUUCAUUUCUUUGCCUAAAUGGAAUGCAAAGAAAACAGGCUCAAUAUCAUUUGAUUUCCGUACCACAGAACCAAAUGGCCUCAUCUUGUUUAGCCAUGGCAAGCCAAGACAUCAGAAGGAUGCCAAGCACCCCCAGAUGAUUAAGGUUGACUUUUUUGCUAUUGAGAUGCUGGAUGGUCACCUGUACCUCCUCUUAGACAUGGGGUCGGGUACUAUAAAAAUAAAAGCCCUGCAGAAGAAAGUGAAUGAUGGAGAAUGGUAUCACGUGGAUUUCCAGCGGGACGGACGGUCAGGUACCAUUUCUGUCAACACACUGCGCACUCCGUACACAGCUCCUGGUGAGAGUGAGAUCCUGGACCUCGAUGAUGAGCUCUACCUGGGGGGCUUGCCAGAAAAUAAGGCUGGCCUUGUCUUCCCCACCGAGGUGUGGACUGCUCUGCUCAACUAUGGCUAUGUGGGCUGCAUCCGGGAUCUGUUCAUUGACGGUCAGAGCAAAGACAUCCGGCAGAUGGCGGAAAUUCAGAGUACGGCUGGAGUGAAGCCAUCCUGCUCAAGGGAGACAGCAAAACCGUGCCUUAGCAAUCCUUGCAAAAACAAUGGCAUGUGCAGAGAUGGCUGGAACAGAUAUGUCUGUGAUUGCUCCGGAACAGGAUAUCUCGGCAGGUCCUGUGAGAGAGAGGCAACGGUUUUGAGCUAUGAUGGAAGUAUGUUCAUGAAAAUUCAGCUCCCAGUGGUGAUGCACACUGAGGCUGAGGACGUGUCUUUACGGUUCAGAUCCCAGCGUGCAUACGGUAUUCUGAUGGCGACCACUUCUAGAGACUCUGCAGAUACCCUCCGAUUGGAGCUGGAUGCAGGGCGUGUGAAACUCACGGUCAAUCUAGAUUGUAUCAGGAUUAACUGUAAUUCCAGCAAAGGUCCUGAAACCCUUUUUGCCGGCUAUAACCUCAAUGAUAAUGAAUGGCACACGGUGCGUGUGGUUCGUCGAGGAAAAAGUUUAAAACUAACAGUGGAUGAUCAGCAAGCCAUGACAGGCCAAAUGGCAGGUGACCACACAAGACUGGAGUUUCAUAACAUAGAGACUGGUAUCAUCACAGAACGACGUUAUCUUUCUUCUGUUCCCUCAAACUUCAUUGGACACCUGCAAAGCCUGACGUUUAAUGGGAUGGCAUACAUUGACUUAUGCAAAAAUGGUGAUAUAGAUUACUGUGAGCUCAAUGCCAGGUUUGGCUUCAGGAACAUCAUUGCAGAUCCCGUCACCUUCAAGACCAAAUCGAGCUAUGUUGCCUUAGCUACAUUGCAAGCCUACACUUCUAUGCAUCUCUUUUUCCAGUUCAAGACCACAUCCCUGGAUGGACUAAUUCUAUAUAACAGUGGGGAUGGAAACGACUUUAUUGUGGUUGAAUUAGUUAAAGGGUACUUACAUUAUGUGUUUGACUUGGGAAAUGGUGCUAACCUCAUCAAAGGGAGCUCAAACAAACCACUCAAUGACAAUCAGUGGCACAAUGUGAUGAUUUCAAGGGACACCAGCAAUCUCCACACUGUAAAAAUUGACACGAAAAUUACAACGCAAAUCACUGCAGGAGCCAGAAACUUAGACCUCAAGAGUGACUUGUAUAUCGGAGGAGUGGCUAAGGAAACAUACAAAUCCUUGCCAAAACUGGUCCAUGCCAAAGAAGGCUUUCAAGGUUGCCUGGCAUCUGUGGACUUAAAUGGUCGGCUUCCAGAUCUCAUCUCCGAUGCUCUCUUCUGCAACGGGCAAAUUGAGAGAGGAUGUGAAGGGCCCAGCACAACCUGCCAAGAGGACUCAUGUUCAAAUCAAGGAGUCUGCUUGCAGCAAUGGGACGGCUUCAGCUGUGACUGCAGCAUGACUUCCUUCAGUGGGCCACUCUGCAACGACCCUGGGACAACAUAUAUCUUUAGCAAAGGUGGUGGACAGAUCACGUAUAAGUGGCCUCCUAAUGACCGGCCCAGCACACGAGCAGACAGGCUGGCCAUAGGGUUUAGCACUGUUCAGAAGGAAGCAGUAUUGGUGCGAGUGGACAGUUCCUCAGGCUUGGGUGACUAUCUUGAACUGCACAUACACCAAGGAAAAAUUGGAGUUAAGUUUAAUGUUGGGACAGAUGACAUCGCCAUAGAAGAAUCCAAUGCAAUCAUUAAUGAUGGAAAAUACCAUGUUGUGCGUUUCACGAGGAGUGGAGGCAAUGCCACUUUACAGGUGGACAGCUGGCCAGUCAUCGAGCGCUACCCUGCAGGUGUGUUUUCUUCCUUUUGUUCUAGAGCUUUCAGUUGUGCUGGAAACAAUGAUAACGAGCGCCUGGCGAUUGCUAGACAGCGAAUUCCAUAUCGACUUGGUCGAGUAGUUGAUGAAUGGCUACUCGACAAAGGGCGUCAGCUCACAAUCUUCAAUAGCCAAGCAACCAUAAUAAUUGGCGGGAAAGAGCAGGGCCAGCCCUUCCAGGGCCAGCUCUCUGGGCUUUACUACAAUGGCUUGAAAGUUCUGAAUAUGGCAGCAGAGAAUGAUGCCAACAUCGCCAUAGUGGGGAAUGUGAGGCUGGUUGGUGAAGUGCCUUCCUCUAUGACAACUGAGUCGACAGCCACUGCCAUGCAGUCAGAGAUGUCCACCUCAAUCAUGGAGACCACCACAACCCUGGCUACCAGCACGGCAAGAAGAGGAAAGCCCCCGACGAAAGAGCCUGUCAGCCAGACCUCAGAUGAUAUCCUUGUGGCCUCAGCAGAGUGUCCCAGCGAUGAUGAGGAUAUUGAUCCCUGUGAGCCGAGCUCAGGUGGGUUAGCCAAUCCCACCCGAGUGGGUGGUCGCGAACCAUACCCAGGCUCCGCAGAGGUGAUCCGGGAGUCCAGUAGUACCACCGGCAUGGUGGUGGGGAUCGUCGCCGCUGCAGCCCUGUGCAUCCUCAUCCUCCUCUACGCCAUGUACAAGUACAGAAACCGGGAUGAAGGGUCAUACCACGUGGAUGAGAGUCGAAACUACAUCAGUAACUCAGCACAGUCCAAUGGGGCUGUGGUCAAGGAGAAACAGCCCAGCAGCGCCAAAAGCGCCAAUAAAAACAAGAAAAACAAGGAUAAAGAGUAUUAUGUCUGAUCCCAAGAUUCGAAAAAGACAGUUGUAUAGAAAUAGUCUUCAUUUUAUCUGAGACAUAAUAUAAACUUAUUUACUUUCCUUUUUAUGAAGCACAUACAAAAGAAGACAGGGAAUGCAAUCAGGAGGGAAAACUCUUUUUAAAAAAAGAACAAGCAAACAAGUAUCUCAUGCUCUUGUUUCUCAAAAAAUAAAAACAAAAAAAAAAUGAGAGAGAGAAGAAAGGAAGGAAAAAAAUUCUAAAACAAACAACAAAAACAAAAAACACAGGGGCCAAUAAAUUCCCUAACAUCCGCAGUGUUUUCAUUUACUCUGCCUGUCUUUAUGUUGCUGGAACAUUCUAAAAGACGGUGAGGACCGCACGCAUUCAUAUAGCAAAGGAGUAUUACAUCGAGGCACAACACAAAACCAACACAAAACACACAUACACAAAGAAGCUACCUAUGAUCCUGGAUUCAGCCAAAGUGCUAGCGCUUUCCUGAGAAGUCAGUGGGUCGGAGUGCCAGAGGAGAACGUCCGUUUGUGGGACCAUCUGCAGAUCAUGAGGAGCUGGCCGUCUGGUGCGAUGGAGCAGGGGUUGGAACCUGCACUUGAGACAAAGUGCUGGCUUUUUUGAAGACUUGUGUAGGAAGGCAUUCAAAAAGCCCCUUCUGUUUGUGAGAGAAUAUAAAAUAAAAGUAUGGAGGCCUUAUUUAAAAAAAAUGGGAAAUAUAAGGCACGUUUUCACACUAAACGAAACGAGAGGGCAUAGAUGCAAUCAUUUGGGAUUUUCAUGCACGCUUACUAUGUUAUUACAUAUGUUUAUAUAAAACCCAUCUCUGUGUGCUUUCUGGACUGUGAUAAGUGACGUUUUAUAGCCUGUUGUAUAGAAAAUGCAAACUAUAUCUCUGCUCUUCAGCCAUUUUUGGUAAAUUCAAUGUUAUAAGUGUUGCUAAGUAUAGGCAGUUUUAAUGACAUCAGAGCAACAAUUAUUUCAGACCAAUUUUUUUGCCACCAUUAUAAAUUGCCACAAUUACUUUUUUAAACAAAAAUUACAGUGUAGUGUUUAUUCUAAGAAAGAUAUGUAUGAAUGUAUAUAAAGAGACUCAGCUACUUCUUUUCUUACAUGUAUAGCCUUCAUUCUGUUGCAUUAUUAAGUUUUAGUAUUUGUAUGAAAGGUGUGAAUUAGAAGGUAAAAUAUAUACCUACGUAUCAUAUAAUCCUUUCUCUCCCCCAAAUACUCAUAUUUCUAUAUAUGUUCAACAUGCACACACACACACACACACACACACAUCCAUGCAGCCAUCAGAUAUGAUGGAACAACAGAACACACAAAUACUGACAAACUGAUAAGUACAGAUGAAGACAGUUGUGCCAAGGUAUUAUGACAAAUGAGUGAUUUGCUUCACUGAGAUCCUGACUCUAGAAAACCUCAAGUUUUCAGACCAUAGUAAAAUGGAACCCUGUAUUAGGAAAUAGACUAUCACCACACAUUGCUGCAUAAAUAUGCAUCACUUUACAGGCAGGUUACGGAAGCAACGUCGGUGAAUUCUGGCUGCUGCAAUGGAAAACUUUAUUUCCCAUAAAAUUUGGUAUAGUCUCUGAAUGUGAUGUGCGUGAUCAAACUUUAUGGAAAGUAAACAUUUUCUCAACUAAAAAAGUAUUCUCAAUUUUUGAUUCUGUAUUACUACCCAUUAAAAUCAUUCUAUAUCUCUUGAUUACUGACUAAAUUUUAACUUUUAUGGUUUUACAUCUUUACCAUUAAAUAUAGUUUUAGUUUAACAUACAUUGUGUAGUAGUAAAGUAUAGGUCAUACACUUGUUUUGCAUAUUCUUUCAAUGAUGUUCAUAGCAAUAAAUUAUCAACAUGAGAGAAUAAUUCCAAGGCUGCAGGGUGAUGCUUCUGCAAAAAUUGGUUACAUGACAUAAAUAUCUCCUAAAAGAAUGAUACUAUGUUUCAUAAAUAAGAAGGAUAUCAUUAUAAUUAGCUUUAAUCAGCAAGGCAUAAAAUGCAAAACACGUUUUGUGAUACUUAGUUAAUGAAAAAUAUGCCAAGAAGUGGCCUGGAUUUCAGACAUAACAGUACCUUAAAAAUAUGUAUAUAUCAUAACAAAUUACAAGGAACUACAGCUGCCAAGUAAUUGUGUAAGAAGUCUUGAAGGCUUUCCAUCAUGUGGAAAAUAGAUGGCAUAAAACAAAAAUUUAUUACCCAUUACUUCUGUUCAUGUCUUCAUAUACUUUUAAUUUGCCAGGUUAAAAGAACUCGCAAGUCUUUUCCCCUUACCCUCUCAUCCAGUCUUACUCAGGGAAAGCCAGAGAAAUAAAAAGGAACAUAAAAUCACUAAUUUACAGCUUAAAGUAUAUAUAUAAUAUUGCUUUUCCAUUGUAUCUAUUUAACUCAAACUAGUUUCAUUUGAAAGGAUCCUAAAAGAUGAUGGAAAAAUAAAUUGAAUUGCAGUGUUUUCAAAUCAUCUGUCUGGGAGGCUUGCUCUUUGUCAUUGAUUUCAUUGUUUCCUCCCAUCAUAAAUGUUAAAAUUUCACACAUUGAUAGAAACUAUGUUUAAUUUUAUUGACUUACACAAAACCCAGCAGUUUCCGCCCCCCCCCCCCAUGAAUGGAGAAGGACAGGAUAGGAUCAUGAGUCUUCUAAGGAAAUAAACUUGAAUAAAAUCCAAAUAUCUUUCUAUUAAACAUAUCAGGGUCCGUGUGUCAUUGGUAACUCACAGAGGAUUCCGCACUACCUGGCAUAAACUGAUUACAUCUCUCGAUUGUAAUUUUUCUGAUUGAGUAUGCUUCUUUUUUAUCCAUGUAAUGUGUUGCCUUUAAAAAAACAAAAAAACGAUGACUACACUAAUGUGUGAGGUGGUAUGUCCCUAAGAUGUCAAGGAAAGGCCACUUUAAUCAUGCCCUUCUACUUCUUUGAGUGACUGGGUAUCUGAGGGGUUUGUUUCGUUUUGUUUUUCUGUUGCAAGGCCAAUUUAUCCAUUAUUGGAAAUGCUAAGCAAGUGGAAUUUACUGUUUUGUUAAUAAACUAUUUCUUAAUACAA